UCCGACUCUGAUCAUUUCCCACCCACACAUUUGCCCUCACCACCUUGUCCCGAAGACACCAUGCCGCCUCAGGAGUCACCAAGCACGUCUGCCACGGCCCACGGCGCCGACAUCGUCGUUCGUGGGCUGAACUACAAGUUCCCCGACGGGUCGAUGGGGCUGCAAGACAUCAACCUCGAGCUGCCGGCCGGGUCGAGGACGCUGUUGAUCGGGGCCAACGGGGCGGGCAAGACGACGCUGCUGCGGCUGCUGUCGGGCAAGAAACUGGCGCCGUCGCGCUCCAUCUUCAUCGCGGGCGUGGACCCCUUUGCGUCCGGGCUCGAGGGCGUCACGUACCUGGGUCUGGAGUGGGUGCUCAACCCGAUUGUGCGCACCGACAUCGCCGUGCCGAUCCUGCUGGACUCGGUGGGCGGGCAGCACUACCCUGAGCGGCGGGAUGAGCUGGUGCGGAUCCUGGACAUUGACCUGCGAUGGCGGAUGCACAUGGUCUCGGACGGCGAGCGGCGGCGCGUGCAGCUGGCCAUGGGCCUGAUCCGGCCGUGGGACGUGCUCCUGCUGGACGAGAUCACGGUGGACCUGGACCUGCUGAGCCGCAGCAACUUCCUGGGCUGGCUGCGCGGCGAGACAGAGCGGCGCGGCGCCACCAUCGUCUACGCGACGCACAUCCUCGACAACCUGGUCGGCUGGCCCACGCACCUCGUGCACAUGCACCUGGGCCGCGUCAAGGAGUGGGGGACCAUGGCCCGCUACCACGCCGAGUCCGACUCCUACGACCCGGCCGGCGGCAACAGCCGGCUCGGCGAGCUGGUCCUCCGCUGGCUCAAGGAGGACCUCGCCGAGCGCGGGCCCCGGGACAACCACAACGGCGCGGGCGAGCAGGGCAAGACGUACGAGAGUCUCGAGGGGAAGGGCGGGUACGGGGUCGAGAAGGCGCCGGGCCUCGACGACGACAAACACACGGAGGUUGAAGGCAAGGAGAACUUGGGAUGGUAAAGAACACGCCGAAGAAAAAGUCCUUUUGGAGGGGGCCAUAGGAAAAAGGGUGGAGGGAAGAGGAGAGGAUCGAUCGACCCCGUGACUUUUUCAAGAAUGCAUUUUGCGGAGGGGGACUACUUGUUGGGAUAUGCUCUGAUACCCCGUCUGAUCUUCAACAAGAUCAUCGAGCGCGCAUCUAUCGUCGCAUUUGCCGGGCGCUUGGGGGAGGAGAAGGAUUUUGGGGGGGGGUUAACGGGACGAGGGAGCCCGUUUGGUCUUAACACCAUGUCUGACGAGCGCGUGUGAGCUGGUUCUUGAGAUUUUCGCAUCGGUCCUUUCCUUUUGGACCCAAGGCUGUCGAUAGACGUACGAGAAGCAAUGAAUGAGAGAUGGCGGUCCUGGCGUCGUCGUGGUCCUUACCCAGGCUCGCUCUUUUUCCUCC